ACUCCACGUGAGAAUCAUUGGGGCGCAGGUGGAGAGCUCGAGCCCUGAAUCCUGGGACCGCACUCUCCGGCUUUGGAUUGGGCACCCACAGAAACUACAGUUUUAGUAUGCAGAAGGGACGAGGGAGAACAAGCCGGAUCAGAAGACGAAAACUCUUCAAAAGUUCUGACUCAAGAGGAGUGAGUGAGAGCUACAAGGCUGAAUUCAUAGAGCUAAAGAAGUGGCUGAAAGAUAGGAAGUUUGAAGAUAGAAACUUAACACCUGCCCGUUUUCCUGGUACAGGAAGAGGGCUGCUGAGCAGAACAUCCUUGCAGAGGCUGUUGACAGCAUCUUCAGCUACAGUGCCCUCCUGUGGGCUUGGUGCACUGUCAACACCAGAGCUGUGUACCUGAGGUGCAGGCGGCAGGAAUGCCUUUCUUCAGAGCCAGAUACCUGUGCGCUUGCUCCAUACCUUGACCUGCUGAAU